AUGUAAUUUUUUCAAAAGUCUCAGGAAUAAAUAAGAAUCGAAUAAAAACUAUAACGAAUCAAUGCCGCUUAAUAAGAGGAGAAGUAUAGGAAACCAAAUCCAUGUUAAGUUACAUUUCCAGAAGAAAACUUUAUAGAAAUGAUAGUUCAACAGGAAGGAAAAAUGAUCAAAUUAAAUACCUACAGAUUUUAAGCCACUGGAAAACCUAAAGCCAUAGUUUUCAUGUUUCAUGGAUUAUGUGCACAUAUUAAUCAUUGUGCUCAUAUAGCUUAGAAAAUGGCAUAAGAUGGAUUCUUGGUAGUUGGUUUUGAUAACAGAGGUUUUGGAAAGUCUGAAGGAAUAAGAGGAUAUUUAGAGAGUCUUGAAAUUCAUUUAUCUGAUUGUCGUCUAUUUAUAUAGAAAGUUUAAGAACUGUAAGGGAAUUCUAAUAUUCCUGUCUUUUUAUCUGGCUUAUCGAUGGGAGGAAUGACUUCUUUUAGAUUGGCUGUUGGAGGAAAUAUUCCGAAUCUUAAAGGAAUCAUUCUAUACGCACCUGCAAUUAAGACACUAUUUAGUAAUCUAUAAAUUGGUACAAUAAAAUUUGUGGGGUAUAUUAUCCCAAAAUAUAAACUCAUAAAACCAAAAAGAGGUUAAACUACUAAGAAUCCUUAAAUAACUGAAGAUCUAAUGAAAGAUCCUUACACAUACUAAGAGGAACUCCUUCCUAGAACUAUUUCAACAAUCACUGUAAGUAUGAAAGAAUGUGAAUCCCUCUAUCGAUAAUUACAUACUCCCUGGGUAGUUAUACAAGGAGGUUUGGAUAAAUUGGUUGAUCCAGAUUUGGCAUAUAUGCUAGAAAGAGAAUCGCCGUCGCAAGAUAAAACAGUAUUAUAUUAUGAAAAUUUAUGGCAUGAUGUUUGGCAUGAAGAAGAGAUACAUGAUAUCAUUCCUAAAGUACUAUAAUGGUUAAAUAAGAGAAUAUGA